GGACAGACCCCCAACCCCUCAGCGAGCGGGAGCAGCACCCCUCUGGGUGGGCCACCACCCAUGCCUGACCGCCCGAGGAGGCAGAGAAGGAUAGGCACGGACAAGGAACCCCUGGAGACGGGAUACUAUGAGAUCCUUGGAGUGAAGGUGGACGCGAACGAGGAUGAGAUCAAGAAAGCUUAUCGGAGACUUGCGAUCAAGCACCAUCCGGAUAAGAAUCCAAAUGAUCAUACUGCUGCUGAGACCUUCAAGCAGAUCUCGGAAGCGUACCAGAUCCUAUCCGACCCGGCUCUGAGACACAAAUACAAUGAAUUUGGUCCAUCCCAGAGUGCGUCUCCCGAAGGUGGGUUUGUCGACCCCGAAGAAGUAUUCGGCAAGCUCUUCGGCGGGGAGAAAUUCGUCCCGCUCGUGGGGAAUAUCAGUAUUGGCCGGGAUAUGAAGGACGCGCUGGUGGAGGCGGAUGAGGAGGCUGCGAAGGCUGACGGGCAUGCGCGGUCUGAGUCCGUCGGAGGGGAGGGAGAGCCUGGAGGUGUACGGCGAUUGGAAGGCAAGGAGGGAGAGAGAGAGCAGAAGGAGAUCGACCGUCAGAAGAAAGCAGAGAAGGAUGAGAAAGAUCGCCGGGCUGCGUUAGAGAGGAAGAAAGAGCGUGAAGAGCGCGUCGCAAAACUGGUCGAGAAUUUGGAAAGGAAGUUGGCCGUGUUUACGGAGAAUGCGACGCAUGAGAAUGACCGUGUUGCAAUGGAGAGCUGGAGGGCGCAGUGUUUGCUCGAGGCGGAGGAUUUGAAAACUGAGUCGUAUGGCGUCGAUCUAUUACACGCCAUUGGUUAUGUCUACGUCGCCAAGAGCAGACAAUACCUCGCCUCGAAUGCAACGCCGUUCGGUGUUGGCGGAUGGUUCCACGGCGUGAAGGGCAAUGUGAAUCUCUUCAGCGAAACCGUAUCAACUGUCCGGGCUGCGAUGGAGCUCAAGAGUAUCUUUGAGCAAAUCGAGCAAAGCGAGAAGAAAGGGCUCACAGAAGCGGACAAGAAACGUCUCGAAGAGCAAGCAGCCGAAAAAGCCCUCCAAGCGCUAUUUAAAGGUGCACGGCUGGAGAUCCAGUCCAUCCUCCGGGAGACGUGUGAUCGUGUCCUCUCCGCGCCUGAGGUGUCGAGGGAGAAGAGGCAGCUCAGAGCUGUCGGGCUGCUGAUCUUGGGUGAGGCGUAUCAGGUUGUGAGGAAGGACGAGGACGAGCAGGCGGAGAACGAGUAUGUGAGGGUGGACACGAAGGCGAGUAGGGAGAGAGAGCAGGCAAGGCAGUAGGCAUUGUACAGGUGGGGUUAAGGAUCGUUGAUUGUUAACACAUGAUGGUUUUACUGUGUCUCUCACGCUCACAUAUUAUGUCAUGCACGACUAAUAGAACAGUUUUUGC